AUGGGAUCAAAAAACCCCAAUAAUAAUUACGGAACAUGCCGGUUUUGUUUAGCAAAAGGGCAGCAUCAAGAUAUUUUUAAAGAAUACUACUGGAACGGUGCGAAGGAAGUUUAUUUGGAUAUUAUUAUGGAGUGCUUCAAUAUUUUUCUAUCCAAUAACACAGACGUAAGCAAACUUAUCUGCUUGCUAUGUGUGAAUCGUUUGAGGGAUGCCAACAGCUUCCGCUUGAUGGUGGUGAACUCAGAGCAGCAGUUGUUAAAAACUAUCACUGACAAAGAGACUGUUUUUGUUAAUGUACCCUCAAGUGGCCAUGUAUUGGAUUCUGCUGGGGAUGUCAAACAGGAGACUCAAAUUGAGGUGAAAGAGGAACUUCUGGAUGAUGAGAUACCUCAAGCUAUGGACUCUGAUUCUGAUUUCACACUGGACAACAAUGAAAUUUAUGAUACCUCAACGAAAUAUAAUCAUUCCGUAUCUGAUGAAGAAAUGGUGGAUGGCGAAGCGGCACUGUUAGCGCGGUUUCCGGUCCACACGUUAAAGUUGCCGACAAGGGAGUCCCUUCAACACACAUGCCCGAAUUUCUUUCGCCAUCUUGAACUACUUAAAGGCAAAAUAAUUUUACCAAGAAUGAUAGCAAAACUUCUAGAAGAUUCAGACAAACAACAAACAUCUUUAAGAAAAAGAAAGUUAUACAUAACCGAAAAGGUAGCGCACAUUUUAAACGCUUCGACGCUUCUAGAAAAUUCCAAUGCAAGUCCUUUCAAAAGCAGGAACCGAUCGGGAUUCCCCUGCAUUUACUGUCGCAGUAUUUUUGAUAAUUUGGAGAAAUUGCAGGAACACCAGGCUAAAUCACACACGAAGUCUGAGAUUAGAAAGAUCUUGGGCACAUAUGGAGCAGAAUGCUUUGUCGUUUACGUGGAUGUUACGAAUUUAAUGUGUACAAUAUGUGACAGCAAAAUGCAGAAUUUAAACGAACUAAAAGAUCAUUUGAUAAAAGUACACAAAAAGAAAAUGCAUACGGAGUUCACAGAUAGAGUCAUUCCGUUCAAACUAUCAGAGGACAACAUCUAUGAGUGUCAGAUAUGCGGCUUCAAAUUCGAAACCUUUGGCUCCAUUGAACGCCAUAUGAACGUACACUACAGGAACUAUGUCUGCGAGGAAUGUGGCACGGGGUUUGUGACCAAAUAUCGUUUGAAAGUUCAUACAAAAGCGAUGCACGUUGGUGGCAAUUUCCCUUGCGAGAUCUGCAACAAAGUGUACAGCACUCAGCAAAAGCAGAAGAAUCACGUCGACACUGUCCACAAGAUGGUGAAGAGGUUCAAAUGUACUCAGUGCCCGGAAAGGUUUUCCGAGUACUUCCGAAGACAGAAGCACUUAGUGGAGGUACACGGGGUGGCCCCCUUGCAGUACAAGUGUAACGUAUGUGACAAAUCCUUCGACAGGAGGUACACACUAUCAAGACAUAUGAAGAGGGAUCACUUAGAGGAGAGAGACUUUCAGUGCCACUUGUGCUCAUAUAAAUGUUUUACAAACAACGAACUAAGGGUCCAUAUGGUGAAGCAUAAUGGUGAGAGAAUCUACGAGUGCUCUGUUUGCAAGAAGUCUUACGCCAGGAAGAAGACCCUGAAGGAGCAUAUGCGGAUUCAUAAUAAUGACAGGAGGUUCGCUUGUGCGGUGUGCGGUCAGGCUUUUGUACAGAAGUGCAGCUUAAAAGGCCAUAUCAAAACACACCACAUGGAAUAUAAUUUACAUUGA